CGCUCAUACUCGACAAGCACGCGCUUUCCCGUAGCAAAGAGUAUACAGUACAAUGAGGCAAACGACACAGCUGGCUUCGAUGCAAAUGAACCCGUCGUAUUCAGAAACAGCUUCAUACAUCUACCAGCUAUAUCAAAAUGGUUUACAACUUCAUCAACAGACACCCAAUUCUGCUACCAUGAACUGAAGACAGCUUAUCUAUCUCAACAUGGCGACGCAAUCGUCCCACUAGAGCUCACCCGUACCAGCCUCGACCCCCAAAACGCAACAUUCGAACGCUUCAACGCGCCGCUCUCACUCCUCCUCGCUCACAUAAUGGGUCCCCCCACACCAUCCUCCCGUCUUUAUCUCGCACAGCAUUCCCUCGCAGAUCUCCCAUCCACACUACAAGCAGACCUUCCCACGCCGACCUUGCUUUCACGUCUCGGUCGCGGCGACAUCUAUGCGAGUAGCCUGUGGAUGGGCAGACCGCCGACACGGACUCCGCUGCAUCGCGAUCCGAACCCGAAUUUAUUUGUGCAGUUGGCGGGGCGCAAGUUCGUGCGUUUGAUGAGACCGGAGGUAGGGAGGGGCGUGUACGAGAAGAUUGGGCGGGGUGCAAGGGCGAAUAUGAGGGGCGAGGAAAUGAUGGGCGGAGAUGAGAUGGAGGAGUUGGAACGGUCGGUUUGGGAAGACGAUGGAGAAGAGAGUGUUGGUGUGGAAGCCGAGCUGGGAAGUGGUGAUGCACUA